ACUUAAAUUAAAAACUACUUUUUUAAGUUCUCAGUAAACCUGGUUAUAAAAAUGGCUGCUUUCUGUUUACUCAGACAUUUUUGAUAAAUCAAUAACACUUUUCCAUUUCACAUGUGUUUACUAAUCAAUUUUACCCCCUGAUUUUACGCACACUUUAAAUGAAAACCUAAAGGUUUUUAAGUAAAAAUAUCUCAUAUGCAGGGCGUUAAGUUGGCUCUUGUGACGCCUGGCAUAAAUUAAUUUGGUGAUGAGUGAAGGAAAAUCUAGUUAUUCAAAAUGGCGACGUUGUGGUGGUCAAUUCUGUCUUUUGCAUUUUUUACAGCUGUUGCAGGCGAAUGGGUCAAGCAAAUGGAAAAUGAUGGAUUAUAUGAAGGUGACAUGGUUUUAACACCUGCCCAGUUAAUCGAUGCGAAAAACGUAAAUCUUCGCUACGCAUCAACUAAGGCAAAUCAUUGGCCAACUACGAUCUAUUACGAUUGGGAUUACGAGUUGGCCAACAAGAAAGGGAUUGUCGACGCCAUAGCAGAAUAUGAGAAAUAUACUUGUCUUCGAUUUAAGCGUGGUUAUUCAGGUGACAUGAUGUACUUUACAAUUGGCAACGGAGGGUGUUCUUCUGGCGUAGGAUACGAGCGUGGAAGGGGACGACACUACGUUUCACUAGGGGAAGGCUGCUGGGGCAAAGGAGUUGUUAUUCACGAGAUGGCGCAUAGAUUAGGUAUAUAUCAUGAACAAUCGAGACCGGAUAGAGAUGACUAUAUAACAGUACAGUGGGAGAAUAUCGGUGAAAGUAGAAAGUUUAAUUUUAAAAAACAAAAGGCGAGCAUCAUUGAUUCCUUUGGUACGAAAUAUGAUUACAAGUCCAUUAUGCAUUACGGUGCGUACACGUUCAGCAAAAAUAAGAAACCCGUUAUGAUAACAAAAGAUCCCAGUAUGCAGAAGGUGAUUGGACAGAGAAUUAAACUCAGCGAAAUUGACAAAGAACAGAUAAAUAAGAUGUAUAACUGCCAUAUUGAACCAGCGCAUCGACCUUACGUUUUUCAACACGAUGGAGAAGGAAAUUGUUUUACCUUUCGACAGGAUGUUUUAUAUCUCAACUCUGGUUGUAAACAGAAGUUCAUAUUGGCUAAGAAUGGAGAGUUGCAAUUGGCUGGCACGUCAAAAUGCGCGUACGCAGAUGCAACCAAUUCGAACGUUAUCAAAUUUAAAGAAAGUUGUGGCCAGACGUUCCAAAAAACAUACAUUAGUGGUGACUAUUUUGCUUUAAAGAACGUGCAAACAGGAAAAUGUGUACAACCUUCGAGCUUUUCUGGCAAAAAGUAUUCCAAGCUUGUUUUAAAGCCAACUUGUAUUUUUGGAAAAUAUAGAAUGAUUUAAGGAUAUUUGCA